AUCAUUUCUACCAACAUGACUUUGCAUGAACUGCAUUUAAAAGUUACUGCUGAACACACAGAGUCAUCUGAGCAGCUGCAGGACUUCAGUCUCUAUGGAAAAACUUUUCCUGAGUUUGAUGGCUGCAGCAGGACUGUGUGCCGUUUAUACACAUGCUGGACGUCAGUUUCAUUUUGUGUACGAGCCGAAGAACAUGACUGAAGCUCUGAGCUACUGCAGAGACAAAUACACCGACCUGGCCUCCAUCGACAACAUGGAGGACGUGGAGCUGCUGAACAGAGAGGCAAAUUUAAGCAGAAUGGUCUACUCAGAAUACAGCCGUGAGUCCUCUUCACCACGUCUCAUUAUAAAGACAUGUAAUGACACGAGGAGGUUUGACCGUUUUAAACAUGUAAAACUGACGAUUAUUUAAUACUUUAACUUCUUCUUAUCCAGGGAGAAGGAUUUUAUAGAUGUGACAUUUUUGUCUCAUACAUGAAAUAAGCACUCGUAAAGUUUUGAUCUCAACUCAGCAGUCGUACUCCAGAACUUUCCCCAGAACUUGUGUCAGCUCCGCUCCGUCACGGCUUCAUGCUCCCUCGUCCAUCAACACCCACAGGUGUGCGGCGCGGUGCGGCACGGUGCAGCACUAUCUUUCUCUAUGAUAAAUAAAAUCUUAUGUCAUGGUGGUAACAAAGCUAGUACUAACUACACAAGCUAUCAAAACAACAUCAAAGUUGUAC